GUCGGGGCUCGGGGCACGGAGGGAGGUGAGGAAGAGCUGCGGCGUAGGGGACGGGUGCGGUGCCGCGGGCUGCCUGGGGCUACGGCCGUUUGUCGCGCCGCCACGGUGCGCUGCGUGGGCCGGGAAGGCCUUUCCCUCCUGAGGGUCUCCCGUGCGUCCCGCGUUGUUCGGCGUGGGCUGGAGGCGGGGCGGGCUGAUCCCGAAGGGAGGUCGGCUCCUCGGCAGGAGCUGAAAUGAUACAGAAAACUGUUAGAAGCUGUGACUGCAAAAUGAGCUCCUUCUACUUGAUGCUGAAAGGAGGUAAACUAAAGCUGCAAGAAUUAUGAUCAGCUCUUCGACAACUAACAGGAAAACCACAUGCAAGGCAACUAAAUAAAGGCUAUGCAUAAGAUGACAUCUACAUUUUUGCUUAUUGGUCAUCUAAUUCUACUCAUACCUUUGUUCAGUGCUGAAGAAUGUGUUAUUUGUAAUUACUUUGUUCUUGUUGGAGAACCUACAGCUAUCAGUUGCCCAGUAAUUACAUUGCCAAUGCUUCACUCUGAUUACAAUCUGACUUGGUAUAGAAAUGGUAGUAACAUGCCGAUAACCACAGAGAGACGUGCCAGGAUCCAUCAGAGAAAGGGCUUGCUUUGGUUUAUUCCUGCAGCACUUGAAGAUUCUGGACUUUAUGAAUGUGAAGUAAGGAGUCUUAACCGCUCUAAACAAAAAAUUAUAAAUUUAAAAGUUUUUAAGAAUGAUAAUGGUUUGUGUUUUAAUGGAGAAAUGAAGUAUGACCAAAUAGUGAAGAGUGCAAAUGCUGGAAAGAUUAUAUGUCCUGAUCUAGAAAACUUUAAAGAUGAAGACAAUAUUAAUCCUGAAAUACACUGGUAUAAGGAGUGUAAGUCUGGAUUUCUUGAAGACAAGCGACUUGUUUUGGCAGAAGGUGAAAAUGCCAUCUUGAUCCUCAAUGUUACUAUACAAGACAAAGGAAACUACACAUGCCGUAUGGUAUAUACAUAUAUGGGAAAACAAUAUAAUGUUUCACGCACCAUGAAUCUGGAAGUUAAAGAAAGUCCACUGAAAAUGAGACCGGAGUUUAUUUAUCCAAACAACAACACAAUUGAAGUGGAACUCGGCUCUCACGUAGUUAUGGAAUGCAACGUAUCAAGUGGUGUGUAUGGCUUGCUUCCAUACUGGCAAGUUAAUGAUGAAGAUGUUGAUAGCUUUGACAGCACUUACAGGGAACAGUUUUAUGAAGAGGGAAUGCCUCAUGGGAUUGCUGUGUCUGGAACAAAAUUUAACAUUUCAGAAGUGAAAUUAAAGGAUUAUGCUUAUAAAUUUUUCUGUCACUUCAUUUAUGAUUCUCAAGAAUUUACAUCAUACAUCAAAUUGGAACACCCAGUUCAGAACAUUCGUGGUUACUUAAUUGGAGGAGGAAUUUCUUUGAUAUUUUUAUUAUUUCUUAUUCUCAUUGUCUACAAGAUCUUUAAAAUUGAUAUUGUGCUUUGGUAUCGGAGCUCCUGCCAUCCUUUGCUGGGUAAAAAAGUUUCAGAUGGAAAGAUCUAUGAUGCUUAUGUUCUAUAUCCAAAGAACAGAGAGAGCUGCUUGUACUCAUCGGACAUUUUUGCUCUGAAGAUACUGCCAGAGGUCUUAGAAAGGCAGUGUGGAUAUAACCUCUUUAUAUUUGGGAGGAAUGAUUUAGCAGGAGAAGCUGUGAUCGAUGUUACUGAUGAAAAAAUCCAUCAAAGUAGAAGAGUAAUAAUUAUCUUAGUACCAGAACCAUCAUGUUAUGGUAUUCUAGAAGAUGCAUCUGAAAAACAUCUUGCUGUGUAUAAUGCUCUUAUCCAGGAUGGUAUAAAAAUAAUUUUGAUUGAACUUGAAAAAAUAGAAGAUUAUGCAAACAUGCCAGAAUCCAUCAAAUAUGUUAAGCAAAAGUAUGGAGCUAUCCGAUGGACAGGGGACUUCUCGGAAAGGUCACACUCAGCAAGUACAAGGUUCUGGAAGAAAGUUCGUUACCACAUGCCAUCCAGAAAACACGGAUCUUCAUCAGGAUUUCAUUUGUCAUCAUAAGAUUGGGUUCUCCCCACGUAACAACAGAAAAAUGACAGUGGCUAACAAAGUUUAUGUAAUUAGUGAUGGAUUGAUCGAAGGUCAUAUGUGUCUGUUCUGUACAAACAAUCUCAUCCAAAUUUUCUGGAUUGAAGAUACUACAACUUUAUUUACAGACAUGAACCAUAUUUUCUUCUGACCACAUCAGCAGAAUGUCUAGAAAUGUCAUCAACAGCACAGUGAUGGCAUGGAAAUCGUUAGGAAGUACAGAAGGACUCUUCCAAGAAUUGCACUGUGAUUUUCUAAAACAUUUUAUAAUUUUUUUAACAUUAAAAAAAAAAAGAAAAAAAAUUAUUAAAGGAUGAAUAUGAAUUAAAGGAUGAAUAUGAAGGAAACUAUAAAUUAAUUAUAAUUGUGAUGUUAUAUAAUAGACUUGGUUGUUGUUGGUAAGUGAUUGUUUUUGUUGUUUCAUGAAAUGACAUGAAUUGUAUUUGUUACAAGUUUAUUUGCUGCUUUGUUCAUUCUGCUCAAAGAUAAUUCCAUCAUUGUUAGUGCAUCCGUGUGGUAUCACCCAAGAGAAAAGAUAAGAGACAAUCCCAACUUCCCCAGAAUGCUAUUCAACUUGACAAAGAUUAAAUUCUCUUUCCUGAUCUAUCUUACAUUUAAAGAACUGCAUGGUUCUUGGCCCCUUAUGCCAUUCAGAUAUCAUUGAAAGUAUCAUUGUAUUACUGUUCCUAGUCUUAAUAUGUAUAAUGUCCAGAGGAUUUUUAUCUUGUUAAGUGCUUGUCCUUUAUUACCAUGUGGAGCUAUCAGCUUAUGGCAGAUUCUCUCAUGCAGAGUUGAGAAUGGUUGGCUUUGUCCCUGACAUCUCAAGAACCAAAGGUGUUUCAGGGCACAGACUAUAAAGCUGGGUUGUCCCAAUGGGUUGCUGAUGCUGGAAGUGAGCACAUCUUCCAUCCAGUUCUCAGCCAGGGUUCUGGCUCCAGCAUUUCUCAGCUCUGAAAGCUGAAGCUACCUGAACAGGCUAAUGUGGCUAAUUCUUUUCUGUUCUCCCACAUCAGUGAGUUUAUUUUUCCAGGAAGGGUCAGUGUGCAGUGGAAAAGGAAAAUUGAUUGUGUGAUCGUGCUCAGUAGCUCUCAGGUGCAUUUAGAAAAUACAGCUGAAAUAACACUGUUGUCCAAAGAGAGAGAGAUGGUUGGAGUCCAGUGGAUUUAAACUGGAGUCACAGCUUUCAGACAGUUGUUUGGGAAAGGAAGCUGUUAUAACUUAUUGUGGGUGCUGAAUGCUUUUUCUUUCCCUCUUAUUUUUUUUUUUUUUUUUUUUUAGGAACUUUAUGUACAACAUGGAUUUGUUAACUUCGAAGCCAGGACUCAUAUGUAGACAGUGAUGUAGUUUGUAAUGAUAAAUUCUCUUGAAGGGGAUUGUUUUUAAAGAAAUCAUCAAAUCUCUUUAAUAUCAUGUUUGAGAUAGGAGUUUUGCAGGAAUAAGAGAUGUGAGAGUUAAACUACCCGUGCUUUUCAUUUUCUGCUCAAAAGUUUCCACAUCUAAGUUAGAGAUUUAGUUUUGUAUGGAGGCUUCAGCGUUUACCUCUUACAAGUGGACUAUGUAGUCAAAGUAUAAGGCAUAGCUGGUUCUUGUGAAUAAACUUAGAACAUUUCAGAGUCUGAACUGUAUGCUAUCUGGAAACUAACCUGUGGUUCAAGUUAUCAUACACAGGCAUUGUUUUGCUUUUGCUGCUAGUGAUUUUUGAUUGAUUAGUUCCUUGUUAAAAAAAACAAAACAAAAAAUGUUUUGAGAAGAUAAAUAUUGAGCUGUUUGUGUGAUUUUUAAAAUGUAGCUGUAAUGACCAAUUGCCUGUGUCUUCAAGGAAAAAGUUUGACAGCUCUGCUGAUGGUGUGUGGGUAAGGAAAAGGCACAAAGCUGGUUAAUACGCUUAAAGUGAAGUUCUGGCUUACAUAACAGUUGCAAAAUAGGCAGGUAGUUUAUAUAAGGCAGAGAGAUUGAGAGAGAAUUGAGAGAAUGAAGGAAGCAAAAAAAAAAAAAAGCUCUGCACUUGUGUACACCAACUCCUUUGUGAUUGUUUGCUUUAGUGUUAAUAAUUGUCCUAGUACAGGAUUUCAAGAGAAGGCAUCUGAUCAGACUGUGAUGAUUGAUUUUCAACAUGAGCUUUGGAUCUGCCCUUAAUUGCUGCUUGUGAUUCUGAAUUUCUGUUUGUGUUCGUGUCCUAUUAGCUUCUGUUCUGCAGAACUUUUUGCUCCCCAAUUCAAAUUUCAGUAAAUCUUACUGCAUACUGCAGAACAACAGCUUCCUUUGUUUUCCAAGCUGUUUUCAAAGGCUGCUGCUAAUACGUUAUUAGGCAGAAAAAUUUCCUUUGAAUUGGUCCUUUAAUAUUUCUGAUACCACGUUUUCAUCAGAAAUACUUAUGUUCUGCAUCCUUCAGAAUUCUUCUAGUCUUUGAAAGCUGCUUCCUUCAUUUUGACACUGCAGUAUUAUUUUUUGUUUGUUUGUUAGUUUCUGUCAUGGCUCUUUUCUUCCCUCCAUCCUCAACCAAAAGAAACUGAUGGUCUGAGGUGCCAUCCCUCAGAACUGCCCAGUGGCCACUGGAUGGUGUGACCUUUGCGUUUUGCCUCACAGGUGACAAAGCCAAUGGAAAUAGCUUCCUUUCCCACUUUAAGUUAUUUGAUUACCUUGGUGUAUGCUGGAAAUUUGAUACGCUGCCUUCUGAGCUUUGUAAGCUGAGUAUGUAUCUGACCAGAAUGGAAUGAGAUUCUAUUCAGGACAAGAGGGGAAAAAGGUGCAUGGGUAUUUCCAACUGUUUUGGUACUGGAAUGUUUUAUCAAAGAAUGUCAUGUAUGUAUAAACCAAUUCACGUGCUUAUCUUCUGGUCUCAUUCUAUGUUUUAUUCAAGACAGAAUUGUCUCGGGAGAAACACUUCUGGUCAUGAGGUGUCACAUUCACUUAGCUGUUGCACUAAAUCUGCUUUUCAAUAUACUAUUUGUUUGGUGAUAGUCAAGUUACUGAAAUUCAUCUGGGCAAGGUGAAUGUGCACAUUGGUAUGGUUCACAUUGAUAAAAGAAUUUAGUGGGACAGAAGCUGUAUGGUUUGGUCUUUUGUCACAAGAUCCCAAUAUCAAAUGUGAAGAAUAGACACUGGAAGUAUCGUAUUUUUACUUGGAGGACUCAUAUUGACUUUGCAUUUCCACCUUGACAGUUUGCAAGCCAGCCAACAGAGUUCCAGCAACCUCUGGCCUCUUGAGUUUUCUUGGUUAUGAAAAACUGCGACUUGUUAUGCCUUCCUUUGGUGGAAAGUUAUUUUACUGAGCCAAAAUACUGAUUCUUUUUUCUAAUUGUUUGUUUUUGUUUAUUUUGAUAUAUUUGUAUGACUGAAGUUUUCAUGUGUGCUAUGUGAGGACACUUUGAAAGAUGGUUGUUUUUAAUUCAAUAAAACACUACCUAAUUUUUUCUUACA